AUGGACCUGCUUGGGGGAGGCAUGCAGCGGCUUGCACCAACACUAAAGAAGCAUGUUGGCAUUGCAGUACUAAGCACUGAAGGUCCAGAAGAUAGUGAUGAAGAUAUCUACUGGGAAGCAUUUGGUGACAGAGAAUUGGAUGGAUUAACAGGAGUUUUAGUUGACACAUCAGUGAAACAGGAAAAGAUAACGUCCACACACGCACCUCAAAAGGUCAUUGAGACCCUAUUGGGGAUGGGAAUCUGUGUUUCUGUCGAUUCAAUCAAAACAGCCAUCACAUCACAUCAUUGUCAAAGGAGGCUCACCAUGGUAUUUCUGCUCUGGGACCUUAAAUCAACUGUUCAUACAGUUGACAAGUCAGAAGACACACUCAAACAUCUUACUGCUGGCCUCCUUUUUCCGCUACAGCAUGGUAUUACUCUUAACGACUUGCAUUGCUCAAAAGCCUUGUGGGAAAGAUUGCUUCUCAACACACAAGUGGAUUCAAUGAACAUGACAACCAAGAAAGGAUGGAAGGAUCUGCUUACGUUACAUCCAGACCCCUUGAAUGAAACCAGUCUGUCACAACAAGACCACUUCAACUCCUGGAAGAUUCUUUCUGAUUUAAUUGAGUAUGGGCCUACAUACUUCCAUCAAUUCAAGGACUGCCUGGGACAUCUGGAGUCAGUAGAAAUGAUUCCUAUAGCCAAGACAAAGAUUCUAGCCUCGCACGCGAUGGAUAUCAGUAAUUCAACAGUGUCUGGGAACAUUAACUUAGUACUUGAGUUACUGAAGCAGGGAGAUAUUGAAGAUCUGGCAGAACAUGAUCCCCUGCAAAGACUAGAUGUAUCAGAGUACGCUCAUUCCUCAGCACAACUAGAUGAGAACACUUUGAUGCGAGAUGUUGGGGUUCUUCGACCUAAAGAGACAGCAUCAGAGCUAUUUGAGGAUCUACUUGUGAUGGCAAAUGUAAUCACAAAGGAGUAUGUUGCUGAUCACAGACUUUGGAGGAUGAGAUCAAAAGAUGUCACUCAGUGUGAUGGGCAAUAUGAAAAUGCACUGCUCCUCAAUAAGCACAUGCUACUAUACAAGGGACUUUCAUAUGCAAUGAAUAUCGGGGAUAUCAGGCAAGUGGAAAUGUGCAUUGUUGCAUGGAUUCUAAUAUUCAAGGCAACUGGGAAGCAUAAAUAUGUGAUGCACAUGUCAGAUUUUCUAUCCAAUGUUCACUUUGUAUACCCAGAUGACUUAUGGUGA